UAGAAUUUCAUUUGCAUUUCAUAAAGCGUCUUUAUCAAAAUAUAUUCAGAAAAUAUAUUUUGCACAAGUUGUUAAAGCAGUUUAGGUACAGCAAGUGAUUUGGAGCAUUCUAUAACAAAUAUCUAAUAAACAAUUGAUUAUCAAGGCAAGUCUUCUAGCAUUUUGAUUACGUCAUCUAAGUCGUAUUCCACAUUCUGAAAAAAUGAAAUCACUUGAUGGUCAGUGGUAAGAAUGCUCAAAGAUUGUAUGAGACUGUUGCUGCUUGUGAUUUCUGUAAAUAUAAAUGGAGAAAUACUUCGUCUGCCAUGCAAGAUCUUUGCCAAUUUUACUGCUGUGCUUCAUGAUCAUUCACUUAGUUCUACAUUUCGUUCUUUGGACAACUUGGAUGAGCAGAUGUGUAAGUUUGAAUGCAUCAUGGAGCAUCGAUGCAAGUCUAUAAACUUAAACAGAGAGUUGGGUAUUUGCCAGUUGAAUAACAAAUCAGCACAGGAUCCUAAAGAUUUCAUUGAAGCCCAAAAAAAGGAGGGUUGGACAUAUCAUUCAACCCGUUUUGAAGAGAAAAAUGUUGGUCAGUAUUGCCAAGCAAAUGAUCCUUGCAGCGCCGGACAUAAAUGCAUUGACACUUGCUACUGCCCAGGGUAUGAAUGCAUUGCAAAGAAUAUCGCCUAUAAGAAGCCAUCUUCCCAUUCAUCAACCCGUACAUAUGACGGAACAGAACUUGUGGCAAGCUUUGGAAAUGAUGGUGACAGAACGGCAGAGUGGCAGAGAUGUAGUUUCACCAGUUAUGAAGAGCAGCCCUGGUGGCAAGUGGAUCUUAAAGAAGUAGCCGCUGUCACACAUGUUCGGAUAACAAAUUCUAUAGCCUGGUCUUCACAUGAUACAUACCCAUACAAUGUUAGUGUUGGGAAGGAUAGUUCAAACGGCGGAAGAAACAAUGCGCUUUGUGUCAAUAAUGGAAUUUGGAGAUUUAGUGAUAUAUUUUUGGUCGUUAACACAAAGUUAUCGAUUCUCCGAAAGACAUAG